AACCACGUGACGUUCAAAAUCAAACCACAGUCUCACGCUCAGUGACUGGAUUUACCUGCCACACCUGUGUGACUUCUCACACACACACACACACACACACACACACACUGAGUGGACAGAAAACUGAAGAUCAGAUGGACACUUCUCUACACGAACUUCUCUCAACUGCAUGAUGAAGGUGGAAGACGCGUUUCCUUGUCGUAUGUAUCCCAUAAUUCUGUGCGGCAGGCAGCGUGGAGGAAAAAUGGCGUGGGAAAACACGGAGGAACAGGCGUGGAAGAACCAGUGAUUUGAAAAGACGAAACUUGAAACUUGAAACUUGAAACUUGACAUCUUCCAUUUUGUUGAAUUUGACCUCCUGCACAUGUCCCGUGAAGCUGAUCGGACAAUCAGACUUCUGAUCCCUGAGAAAGACUGAGACAGAGGAAAAAGAGAGAGAAAGAGACAGCCUUUUGAGCUACAGGAGAGAAAGACAGAGACAGAGUGGAUCCACACCCAUGCAGAGAUGGAAGAAAAAUUGUUUCCAGUCUCGGAACCGUUCGGAGAACGAGGGAUGAAUGAAAGACAGGAGGUAGAAAAUAGAGAACAAGAGGAAACGGUGUACGACAGUGAGGAAAGGACGACGGGUCUGGAGAGCAGGACGGAGAGCGAGAGACAGCUGGAUGUAGGACAGGAGAGAUGGAGGGAUGAUGGAGAUGGAUCGCUGGCUGAUGAUGAAGAUGAAGAUGAUGAUGAUGAUGAUGAUGAUGGACAUAGGAUGAGUUUUGUGUUCACUCCUCUGGUGAAGAUUGUGAGGAAAACAGCUGAAAUACCAAAGGAGUGCCAUGACAUCAGAGCCGACGACGUCAGAGCCGACGACGUCAGAGCCGAUGAUGUCAGAGCCGAUGAUGUCAGAGCCGAUGAUGUCAGAGCCGAUGACGUCAGAGCCAAUGAUGUCAACACGCACAUGGAAAACACAAAGCAGAGUCCUCGAGCCCGUUGUGUGUGUUGUGGUGAGAUGAUGAGCUCGUUCGCGUUUCUUUUAGCCGGUGUAGUGAUGUUUCCGCUCCUCGUGUGGGGAGGUCAUGACCUCUUGCCCUUAGAGCUCCCUGCGGUCAGGAGCGCCCCCUCCAGGCUGGUGUACACACUGCGCUGUGCGCUCUUCGCCACCUUCCCCAUCAUACUAGGUGUGUUGGUACACGGCGUGUCCCGUCUGAAGUUCAGUUCUCUGAAUCCUCUGUUUAAGGGGAAGCAUGUGAAUCGACACACACUCGUCCACAUGACCUACGUCCAGGAUUCUCUCCGUCUCUUCCUGCUGUUCUUCGUGCAGCUCGCUGUGAUGUCCACGUACAUCCACCACGAGGCUCUCAAACUCGUCCCGCUGCUCACCAUCGUCUUCGUCUUCGGCAGGUUGAUCUACUGGCCGAGUGUGUGUUUCGGCAGCAGUGUGCGUGUGCUGGGGUUCUCUCUCUCCUUCUUGCCCGUUCUCGCUCUGUUGGGAUUCAACCUUUACUUCAUCUGCUCCUCAACAGGAGAGGGGGUGGUGUUUGAUGUAGCUCCGCCCACCACACCCCCGCCCCCUAAAGCCAGGUGGUGGGGUUAAACAGUAAAGGUGCUAAUAAAUAAAAACUCUGAUUCACCACUCAUGUGCAGUGCAUUGUGGGUAACACACACACACACACACACACACACACACAUCAAAUAACCACUAAGAUGAGACGUCGUCUUGUUGUGUCUUUGUAAAAUAUACAAUGUGAAAUCCUUAAGAUUUGAUUUCCUGUUUUUUUUUCCCCCACUUCCUGUUUACACCUCCUGGAGUCGGGAGUCAAUGCUGGACCUUUUUGUCUUGAUAAAUCUUUUUUAAAUUCUGUAAAUCAGAAUAUCAAAUGCAUUAAUGACAGUGUUUACUGUGUGAUUAAAAGAAUUAUUCAUAAAAGAAUAGAAAUUUCUUUUUAUUACUCAGAUCUGAAUUUACAUUUUUACCUAAAAAUCAGUUUUUAUUACAAAGUUAUUGAACUGUCCACAUACUAUAUAUUUAUAUAUAAUAUUGAUUAAAAGACAUAUACUGUUUAUUAACUCUAAGCUUCUUUUUCUUCAAAAAUACAAAACAUUUCAAUAUUCAUGAGAGUUCGUCCUCUUUUCACUAAAACAAGUCAUUUCUGUGGUAUUACAUUAUCCCUGCUCGUUUAAUUUAUUCACUAUUACACUACUCAAUAAUUACACAUUGCACAAAUCUGUUGGAUUGUUAUCGCUGUUUACGCAGCUGUGUAAGUUUAAUAUUAUAAUAUCCUUCUAUUAGAGCUAUAACUCUGCUCUGUCAGUUCACCUGUGUACUUUGUAUUAAAGUGUUAAAUGAAAA